ACCUUGGGAGACCGUAACUGUCACAACCCUCUCUCUGUAUCGUCACUUAUUUCCACAACUUCUAUUGGAGGCCCGGGAUUUGGCACUUACAGCACAGGAGGGGCGCCUCCUGAUAUAUACUCACUGGCACUCUGAAUGGCGACCUUUUGGGCCACCUAGACUCAAACGGCCUUUGUCAAGUGUAGUACUAGAUGAUGGGAUCUCUGAGAGACUGGAGACUGACGUGAGACACUUUUUGAGCCGCAAACAAUGGUACGCCAAACGUGGCAUUCCAUGGAGGCGGGGAUAUCUUCUGCAUGGUCCACCAGGAAGUGGAAAAACAUCCUAUAUCCAAGCUCUUGCCGGCUCUCUGGGUUAUGAUAUCUAUCUCAUCAACUUGUCCUUACGAGGACUGGCCGACGACAAAUUGACGCUGCUAUUAUCGCAAGCACCACCCCGUUCUCUUAUCCUAAUCGAAGACGUUGAUGCAGCAUUCAAUAAAAGAGUUCAAAUGACGGAGGAUGGGUAUCAAUCUGCUGUCACCUUCUCGGGAUUCAUCAAUGCACUGGAUGGAGUUGCAUCUAGCGAAGAACGAAUCGUCUUUAUGACCACCAAUCAUCUCGAAAGACUGGAUCCAGCUCUAAUACGUCCUGGCCGGGUCGACGUCAUAGAAUUGAUAGGAAAUGCUAGCCCCAACCAAGCCCGUAAACUGUUUUGCCAAUUCUACUCUGAGCCGGAUAUCGAAGUGGAGGAUAAACCGGAAUAUACGACGAUACUGGAGAGGCUGGGAGAUGAUGUCGCAAACAGA